AUGAUUAUUAAUUGGUUACUAUUUUAUUAUUGUUCAAUUGUAUUUAGUGUUGCUGUUAAUCCAUUACCAAAACCUCAAAAUUUGACAUGGCAAGAUGUUGAUAAUCCAAUUAUUUUAAAUAUUGAUGAUUUAAUAAUUACAAACUUAACAAAUAGCUCAAUAAUUCAUCAAGCUAUAAAUAGAACUUUUACUUCAGUUAAAGAGCUUAAGUGGUAUCCAUAUACUAACGAAACUAAAUUUAAUUUCAGUGAUAAUUUUUCAACUUCGGAUGCAAAAUUAUCCAUUAAUAUUAAUGAUUACUAUGCAGAUUUACAAUUUGGAGUUGAUGAAUCUUAUAAUAUUAGUGUAACCAGAAAUGCUUUGAAAAUUGAUGCUUCUACUAUUUGGGGAGCCUUACAUGGAUUAACUACAUUACAACAAUUAAUUGUUUAUAAUGAUGAGAAAUUUUAUAUUGAAGGUUCAUUAACUGUUAUUGAUUAUCCUAAUUAUCCUCAUCGUGGUUUGUUGAUUGAUUCAGCUAGGAACUAUUUAACUGUUCCUUCAAUAUUAGAACAAAUUGAUUUAUUAUCAAUAAGUAAAAUGAAUUCUUUACACUGGCACAUAGUAGAUACUCAAAGUUGGCCCCUUGAAUUAGAGUCAUAUCCUGAAAUGACUGAUGAUGCUUAUAGUAAAGAUGAAGUUUAUACUCGUAACGAUAUUGAGUAUAUUAUAGACUAUGCCAAAUAUAGAGGUGUUAGAAUAAUUCCCGAGAUUGAUAUGCCAGGACAUGCUCGAGCUGGCUGGAGACAAAUUGAUCCUAACUUAGUUGAAUGUGGUAAUGAAUUUUGGUCAAAUGCAGGAUUAGAACCACCUCCAGGUCAAUUAAAUAUAUUAAAUAAUGAGACAUAUAUUGCAAUUGCCAAUGUUUUCAAUGAAGUCAGUGAAAUUUUUGAAGAUAAAGUUUUUCAUGUUGGAUUAGAUGAGUUGGGAAAAACAUGCUAUCCUCAAGAUUGGUUUAAUGAUAAUAAAACUUUGAGUGAUUUGACUCAGUAUUAUUUAAAUAAUGCAUUACCAAUUUUUAAUAAUGCAACAAACGAUAAGAAAUUGAUUAUGUGGGAUGAUGUCUUGUUGUCUGAUGAAGCAGUAGACAAUUUAUCAACUAAUAUCACUAUUCAAAUUUGGCAUGAUCCAUCUGGAAUAAAACAGUUAACAAGUAAAGGCUACGAUGUUAUAAUAUCCUCCUAUACUUACUUAUAUCUAGACUGUGGCUAUGGUGGUUAUAUCACUAGUAGUGACUUAUAUACAAAUAAUCCAAAGAACAACAAAGUAAAUUCCUGUAAUGGUGGAAGUUAUUGUACUUAUAAAACUUGGCAAAGAGUGAGUAAUUCGAAGCUCGUGAAAACGAUUUUACUAACAAAUGUUUAGAUUUAUGAUUUAGAUUUUACUGCUAAUUUGACUGAAACAGAACAAAAACAUGUUAAAGGUGCUGAAGUUACUUUAUUCGGUGAACAAGUUGAUUCAACAGUUUUAACAGGUAAAAUAUGGCCAAGAUCAGCUGCACUUGCAGAAUCAACAUGGAGUGGUAAUAAAUUUCAGGACGGAAGUUUUAGAAAUUAUGAUUUAACUCAAAGAAUAUUGAAUUUUAGAGAGUUUUUGGUCAAGUUGGGUUAUAGUGUAUCGCCAAUUGCUCCAAAAUAUUGUGUUAUGAAUCCGCACAAAUGCGAUCAAUAUGAAUAUUAUCAUGAGGUCAGUAAUAGUUACUGA